GCGGCGCGGGCGGCGAUGGCGGCGGAGCAGCGGUACCCGCGGGGCUCCAUCGAGGAUGACUUCAACUACGGCAACAGCGUGGCCGCGGCCAGCCUCCACAUCCGCAUGGCUUUUCUACGGAAAGUCUACAGCAUUCUUUCCAUUCAAGUUCUAUUGACCACAGUCACAUCUGCAAUUUUUCUGUAUUCUGCAGGAGUGCAGGCAUUUGUUCAUGAAAGGCCUGCCUUGCUUUUGAUAUCUGGGUUUGGAUCUUUGGCUAUAAUUGUGGCACUAACCCUCUACAGACACCAGCACCCUCUUAAUUUAUACCUGCUGUUUGGAUUUACGUUGCUGGAAGCACUGACAGUUGCCACUACAGUUAGUUUCUACGAUGUCUCCAUCGUCUUGCAAGCCUUUAUUCUUACUACUGCUGUAUUUCUUGGGUUGACUGCAUAUACUUUGCAGUCAAAGAGAGACUUCAGCAAGUUUGGAGCAGGACUCUUUGCUUGUUUGUGGAUUUUAAUCCUCUCAGGUUUCUUGAGGCUGUUUUUCUAUAGUGAGACAAUAGAGUUGGUGUUUGCUGCUGCUGGAGCUCUUCUGUUCUGUGGAUUUAUUAUUUACGACACUCACUUGCUGAUGCACAAAUUGUCCCCUGAAGAGUACAUACUGGCUGCAAUUAACCUCUACUUGGACAUCAUCAAUCUGUUCUUACACCUGCUGCGUUUACUGGAAACAUUUAAUAAAAAAUAGCCAGAAGUGGUGUGGUUUAACUAUAGCGCAAUUUGGAUGAUCUGCAAACUCAGUAGUUCUGUCUUCUAGAGACUGAAUCUAUAUUAUUUUUUCAUUCCAUGAAUACUAAUUCCUCCUUAGAGGGGAAAAAAAGUCUUUUUAUGUAGCUACAGUUCUUCUCUAGACCAUGUAUUUUAUGCAGUUAACAUGCUGUCAUCAUUACAGUCACUUUUUUAAUCUCUUAAUUUGCACUUGACAUAAUUAAUGAUGAAAAAGUUUGCCAACUUCUUAUUGCUCCAGAGUAAGCUACAGCUGUUCUGUAGCUGCUGGAAAUGUUUCCUUUGGGAUUGAUCAUAAAUGUGUGUAUCACAUAAGGGUAGGCUGAGCUUACCAUUGUGCUAAGCUAAAUAUUACUAAGCUAAAUAUUUUUCUAGUUUUUGGUUUUGUUAUUUGUUUUGUUUAGUUUUUCUUAUCUGUCCCUGACAGAUACUCUCUUCUUGUUAAGGGCUGUCACUAUAGAGCUGUGAGGGUGUUAAGAAUGUUCUUAAUUUUAGUAUUAUUUAUGGCCUAUCUUUCAGUGUCCUGAAAAAUCAUUUGGAGAUAGAUUCUGGGAUUUUAUCAACUUCUGUAUGUUAAGGUUAAUUGUGUCAAUAAAAAUUGGAAAGCCUUUUGUCUGUUCUUGCUGCCAUGACUGGAGAACUUCAGGGUGCCAAGAAUGAACUUUGCAGACCCUUGCUGGCGGGGGAGAGGUGCCGUGACUGUCGCUACUUCCCAAACUAUGGAGAUCCUGGAAGGGCAGGAUUGUAAAAAAAAAAUUGUAAAAACAAUUUUGAAAGGCUUUCUUACUUCCUAUGCAGUGUUGUUACUGCUCUCCUGGCCUGCCAGUGAGACUCAGUGACGAGGCAACGCAGUAAUUGGGAAAUCAUCCGUGUCCUGCCACAAGCUGUGACAAGGUGUGUUUUCCGUGAUGGAACGGGACUGAUGCUAUUGAAGUGCAACUGCGGAUUGGUUUGAGCAACUGUGAUGCUUUCUCUCUUCUGCCUGAUUUAGAAAUGCGUGGCAGUACCGAAGAAUAAAAGCUCGCUUUUUUUCCCUGUGA